UGCGCACUGGCCCCUGCUGCAAGUCCUUUAUUGCAGCCCGGGUGUCGGGAGAUCGGGGGCAGCGCAUCCUCAUCCGCCUCCUCCUCAGCUCGGUCCUGUGUCCGCCAGCCCCCGCCCUGCUCCGAGGGGACCGCCGCCAACAUGUCUUACCAGGGCAAGAAGAACAUUCCUCGCAUCACGAGCGACCGUCUCCUGAUAAAAGGGGGUAAAAUCGUCAAUGAUGACCAGUCAUUCCAUGCUGACAUUUACAUGGAGGAUGGGCUCAUUAAGCAGAUUGGUGAAAAUCUCAUUGUGCCAGGUGGUGUGAAGACCAUCGAGGCUCACGGCAGGAUGGUAAUACCCGGGGGCAUUGAUGUCCACACCUGCUUUCAGAAACCAUGCAACGGAAUGGUGUCUGCUGAUGACUUCUUCCAGGGAACCAAAGCAGCUUUGGCUGGUGGCACCACCAUGAUCAUUGACCACGUGGUGUCGGAGCCCGGGACCAGCCUGGUUAGCUCUUUUGACCAGUGGCGAGAGUGGGCGGACAGCAAGACCUGCUGUGACUACUCCCUGCACGUGGACAUCACUGAGUGGCACAAGGGCGUCCAGGAGGAAAUGGAGGCCCUGGUGAAAGAUCACGGUGUGAACUCCUUCCUAGUGUACAUGGUCUACAAGGAUCAGUACCAGCUCACGGACUCCCAGAUCUACGAGGUGUUCGGUGUGAUCCGGGACAUCGGCGCCAUUGGUCAAGUCCACGCUGAGAACGGUGAUGUUAUAGCGGAGGAACAACUGAGGGUCUUAGAACAAGGAAUCACCGGCCCCGAGGGACAUGUCUUGAGCAGACCAGAAGAAGUGGAGGCCGAGGCUGUCAAUCGCUCCAUCACCAUCGCCAACCAGACCAACUGCCCGCUCUACAUCACCAAGGUGAUGAGCAAAAGCUCAGCUGAAGUGAUCGCACAGUCCAGGAAAAAAGGUGCGGUUGUCUAUGGAGAGCCCAUUACUGCGAGUUUGGGCAUUGAUGGUUCUCACUACUGGAGCAAAAAUUGGGCAAAAGCUGCAGCUUUUGUCACAUCUCCUCCUCUGAGCCCUGAUCCUAGUACUCCUGAUUUUCUCAACUCUCUGCUUGCCUGUGGUGACCUGCAGGUCUGCGGGAGUGCACAUUGCACUUUUAAUACGGCUCAAAAAGCUGUUGGAAAAGACAAUUUUACACUCAUCCCAGAGGGGACCAAUGGAACAGAGGAGAGGAUGAGCAUCGUCUGGGACCGAGCUGUGGUUACUGGGAAAAUGGAUGAAAACCAGUUUGUUGCCGUCACCAGUACCAACGCUGCCAAGAUCUUCAACUUGUACCCCAGAAAAGGCCGCAUUGCAGUGGGAUCUGAUGCUGAUUUGGUGAUCUGGGACCCAGAUAGCAUAAGGACAGUCUCAGCCAAGACUCACAACAGUUCUGUGGAGUAUAAUAUCUUUGAAGGAAUGGAGUGCCGCGGAGGUCCUCUGGUGGUGAUUAGCCAAGGAAAGAUCGUUCUGGAAGAUGGCACUCUCCACGUCACCGAGGGAUCUGGACGGUACAUCCCCAGGAAACCAUUCCCGGACUACGUGUACAAGAGGAUCAAGGCCCGAAGCAGGCUUGCUGAGCUGCGUGGAGUUCCUCGUGGACUGUACGAUGGACCUGUCUGCGAAGUCUCUGUGACUCCAAAAGCAGUAACACCUGCCUCUUCUGCCAAGACGUCACCUGCCAAACAACCUGUGCAGCCCAUAAGAAACCUACACCAGUCUGGAUUCAGCCUGUCAGGGGCACAGGUUGAUGACAAUAUUCCUCGUCGCACUACUCAGCGCAUUGUGGCGCCUCCCGGUGGCCGUGCCAACAUCACCAGUUUAGGCUAGACCCAAACUAAAUCUCCUGCCCCAUGAUUCCGUUCAUUUUCCAAGAUGAGUUAUUUCCAAAAGAUUUACAGAUUCCUGGCUUUUUUUUUUUUUUAUCUUGGGGGCAGUGACUUUUUUUUUUCUAGGAGCAGAUACCAACAGUCUAGGAGACACGAGUAUGACAUCACUCAUACACACGUAUAUGUAUGUAUAUGUACUUCUGUACAUAUACCUGUAGGUAAGGGAUGCCUGCCGCGAGUUCAUCACAGGUAUCAGUUGGUCUGUUUGCAUGUGCGAGGGUAUAAUCGGGUUAAAAAGUGAGCCCCACAAGACCUGUCCUUCCUAGUGACCAUUCACCCCCCUCUUUAACUCGACACCCCUGGUCGUUCUUUUGUACUGACGUGAAAGGUCACCUUGUAGGAAACAUCUCAGUCUUGCCACGUUCAGUUUAUGGAUUUAGGAUUAUACAUCUCUAUGAGAAGAUAAAUCAGUGCUUAGAGUUCGUUUCCAUCAUCUACUAAACAAUCACGUAAAUACAUUUCACCUAUUGUAGUUCAAUUUAUUUUUAAUUGAUUUUAUAGUAAUCAAGGUACUUCCGUUACUUCAUCAUUACUUACCAACUAAUACGCCUCAGAAAGACCUUAAUGCAAGACUAAGGCUAGAUGACAGCAAAGACCUCCUGCCGAGAACGCCAAAUUUUGCAGUUCAUGUUGGGUGUAGGUUGUUCAGAGGGGACCUGGGUGCCGACAUUGCAGGGUAGAUGUUCCAUUCAACCAGUUUUUAACCCAUUGUGGGAUUUGUGGUUGUGUUCCUGAGUGCAGGAGAUGUUGUGCUUAUGCUAAUAAAUGUGUCUAGAAUGAAAA